AAGAGCCAUCAGCACCAUCUAUCUGACUCUCAUACUAUUGGAUAUUAUUAUUUUGGGGGGAUCUUUCUUUCCUUCAUCUUAUAUUUUUCGCUCAUAUUCAAUCUCAAGUUUGUUUUUGUAUUCUUUUUUUUUUCUCUUCUCUCUCUCUCUGUUAUUUUUUGUGCGUGUAUGUGUGAGAGAGUGUGAGAGUGUGUCUGUGUGGAUACUUUUAUUAUCCCACCAGCUCGACUCGACUCUUAUUCUACUGCUUCUAUUCUAUAAUCCCUAUUUCCUCACUCAUCGUAUGGGACUACACAGGCGAUUAUUUCUCUUUUUAUUUGUUUGUUUUCCCACUCCGGACUAAAAUUCACCGAGCGAUCGACCAACUAACCAACCAGCCAACCGACCGACGGACCGGACCCGACCGUGAGCCACAGCUUUACCACCACAAACUCGAAGAGAGGGGGAGACUUCACUCGUGCGCUCUCCAGGAUUUUAAUGUGUCUUCCUGUUGUGGGCAUUUUGUGAGCUGAGUUUGAUUUUGGGAAAAUUAGGACGGAGGUGAGGUGACAGCAACUCCUGAAGCUCAAUCAGUCUGUGAGGAUGAAUAAUAAGACUCGCACGGUCAACAUGGUGGUGCCAUUUUGGAGAUAAAUCCCCUCCACCACCACCAACACCACCUCCACCACCCACCCCCCCCCCCACAUCUCUCCUCUGUUUUAAUUUCGUUUCUUGACACAUUUCUCUUCAUGUGACGGGAAGAAAAACCCGGGAUAUCAGGUGGAGAUCUUGCGCACACACAGGCGUCACCUGCCUGUCAACUACCACUAAUUGGAUUAUUUUGAUCUUGAACUUACUGUCUGCAGGUUGCUCUCCCUCAACCUCCACCACCACCUCCUCCUCCCCUCUCCUCCUCCUCCCCCCUUAAAGAAGUUAUGUCAAGGCCUCUCACUCAGCUCUUGCCGCCGGAUCUUCCUGCCGGGGCCACCAGCCCCCAGUUUGGGGCCAGCAACCCGACUGGAAGUGGCCCCCAGGGUGGCCACCUGACCUCCAUGACCAACCUCAAGUCGUUACUUCAGCUGCCAAUCAAAGCCGACCAGAGAGGCACCAAGGACUGCUGUGAGAUGAAAGACAAAGACAAGCCCCUGGACUCCGACGAAGACUCCAUGAGUGUCAGUGCCGGGGGGCCCGGCGGGCCGGGAGGAGCACCAAACUCCAACGGGCUGCGACCCAACUCCCAGUCAGCUUUCCUGGGGCCGCUGCUGUGGGAGAGGACCCUGCCAUGUGACGGAGGCCUGUUUCAGUUGCAGUACAUGGACCUGGAGGAGUUCCUGACCGAGAACGGGAUGGGAAUGCACAGUAACGGGCCCAGCUCCACCAGCGCCCAGAUCCCCUCUCAGAGCUCCCAGUCAGCGGUGCCCAACCAGAGCUCCCAGUGUCCUCCCUCCUCUCCUCCGCCAUGUUCUUCCUCUGCCUCCUCCAUGUCCUCUUCAUCCUCCUCUUCCUCGCUGCUGGGACUGGAGACCGUCCAGCCACAGCCGCAACCUCAGCCACAGCAGCAACAGCAAGGCAUGGUUGGAGGACCUGAGUGUCUACACGGCGGUCAGGUGGUUCCUCAGGACCCAUCACCUUCUACUACCUGCCCUCCCGGACCCGCGGGACCUCCAGCGGUUGCUAACGGCAACAGCGACAUCCAGGUGAACUUUGACCCGGACCCGGCGGACCUGGCGUUGUCCAGCGUGCCGGGCCAGGAGGCGUUCGACCCGCGGCGGCACCGCUUCAGCGACGAGGAGCUGAAACCGCAGCCGAUGAUCAAGAAAGCCAGAAAGAUGUUGGUGCCCAACGAGCAGAAGGACGAGAAGUACUGGAGCCGACGCGUCAAGAACAACGAGGCGGCCAAACGCUCGCGGGACGCCCGGCGGCUGAAGGAGAACCAGAUCUCGGUCCGCGCCGCCUUCCUGGAGCGAGAGAACGCCGCCCUUCGCCUGGAAGUCGCCGACAUGAGGAAAGAGCUCGGCCGCUGCAGGAACAUCAUCAACAAGUACGAGAACCGGCACGGAGACUUGUGAAGCGGAAAGAAGAAGAAGAAGAAGAAGAAAGAAGAUGAUGAUGAUGAUGAUGAUGAA